AUGAGAAGCACAAUGGCAGUUCCACUGCCAGAACGCUUCUCCCAAAUCCCCCGCCAUGCAAUCCUCUACCAAACCCCAUCCCCAAUCCACCCCCUCCCGACACUAUCGAAAAUAAACCCCCGCAUAACCCUCUUCGCCAAACGAGAAGACCACUCGUCUCCAUUAGCAUGCGCGGGAAACAAAUACCGCAAAUUAGAAUACAUAGUUCCAGACAUUCUCUCCAACAAACCUAUCCAUCACGCCCACGAGAACAACCCAAAUCCAAUCUCUCCGCUCGCAGGCCCAGCAACAAUCCUCGUCACAGAGGGCGCAAUCCAAAGCAAUCACACCGUGCAAGUCGCAGCCCUAGCACGGAAACUCGGUCUUAGAGCGGUUAUCCUGCUACACCGCGGUACGGGAGGUGGAUUGCGCGCUGCUGUUGAUAAAGAGGCAUAUAUGCGCUGUGGAAAUGUACAGGUUAACCAUCUUCUCGGGGCUGAGGUGCGGGUUUGUGAGAGUGGGGAUCUGCUGGCAGAUGAUGCGACGCCGUUGCUUGAGGGUUUGGUGAAUGAGGGAGAGAGACCGUAUUGGAUUCCUGGGGGUGCGAGUUUACAUCCGCUUGGUGGGUUGGGGUAUGCGCGGGCGGCAUUUGAGAUUGCGUUGCAGGAGGAGGUGAUGGGGCUUGGUGGGAGUGGUCGGUUUGAUUAUGUUUUUGUUGCUUGUGGGAGUGGCAGUACGGUUGGGGGGUUGGUUGCUGGGUUUAAAUUGUUGGAGAAGGUGGAGAGUGGGCGUGGGGGACCCAGGAGGGUUGUUGGGGUUUUAAAUUCGCCGACGAAGCCGAAGGCUUACCAUGAGGAGAGGGUGCUUGCUUUUGCUAGGAGGGCCGGGGGGAUGAUUGGGCUUGAGGAGGGGGAUAUUGGGAUGGAUGAUGUACGGCUUGAUGAUCGGUCUGUGGGGACUGGGUAUGGUAUUCUUGAUUCCGAUGCGAAGAAGACAUUGGAGUCUAUGGCGAGGACAGAAGGCAUGAUGCUGGAUCCAGUGUAUACGGCCAAGGUUGCGAGGGGAAUGAUGCAUUGGGUUGAAGAAAGAGAGCUUGUAAAUGCCGAACAACCCUCGGAUGAAGUGAAUGUUUUGUUCAUUCAUACGGGUGGGCAAGCUGCUCUAGGAGCCUAUGCAGAUAUCAAGUAA